AUGCGCAGAUGCUUUGAGCAGCUUCCAUCCAGAAGUCAGUUGUGCAGUCAUUCAAUUGCUCCGCGUCUGUCGUUCUUCAGGGCUGGAUCGAGUCAAAAAAUCUUCUCCUCAAAGCUUCCAUCUUAUGCUCCGCCUCUUCCUGCGACUCGGAAAUCACUAUCAUAUUCCUACCCCCGAAAUCGAUCUGAAGAUGGCUCAAGUCCUCCUUCCCGGGACGUCUCCGCUCCCACCCAGGUCAGAAAUACAAGGAAGAGCAAGGUUGUUCGAAGGAAAAGGAGGCUAUCGCGAAGAGAUCCCGUGGACUGGGUCGCCGAGGUGGAGAGAUUCCUUCCGAGACACUUGAGUCAGCUAUUUGAUUUUGAACCUCGAACCAACAUCCCACCUGAGGUGAAUGUUGAGGAUGUGCUUCGAACUCUCAUUGGCGCUCGCGAUCAGGGCGAUGUUGAUGUUCUGCGCUUUAUGGCGCUCAGUCAACGCCGAUACAAGGCUGUCGUUCACCUCGCCGAAACCUUGCUGAAGGCGGUUGCACUAGCAGCUAAUGAGCCUUUCAAAGACGAACUCCCCUCCAACAUUACUUGGCCCCAUGGAUCAUUCGCGACGAGAGGCGGUGCUCCCAUUGAACUCGAGCGCACUUUGCACGUCAGCCGACGACCUCUUGGUAGUUCUCGGGAGUCCGCUGAAAGCACUUUGUCCGAGAAGAGCCAAGAUAUGACGAUGGAGCUCAUUUGGUCUCUCCUCGCCGACCUUGUUUUGGCUUCUACCAAUUGCCCCUCGGAUGAAGGGAAGCAGAUUAUGAACACUGUGCAUCAGAUCUUGGCGCUCGUUCACAAUCUAGGACUCGUCCCAGCAAGUAUCUAUACCUACUGCCUCCCACAAGGUACAACAACAGUUCAACAAUCGCCUAUCCUUCAUCUGCUGAAUUCGAGAAUCUUGUCGACGCUCUCCGAUGCUGUCUGGAAUGCCUACCAGGAGGAGAUUACCGCCGGAUCUGGCAAACCAGAGACCAGCCCCUGGAAUAUUUUUCGAGAACCUCCCCCUAGUCGCCUACGACCCAGGAGGCGAGAGCUUGGACCCGAAGUGUGGCUGGAGUUUAUUCUCUGGUGUUGCGUUGAGGCUGGAUAUGCCGCAACCGGAGCCCGAAUUGUUCGAUCAUUACAAACGGACGUAGACGGCCAUUGGCACGCUAUUCAUUGGAACGACGAUCGAGCGCCUUCAAUUGACCGGGAUCAACAGACCCGCGGACGACAACUGCAGAGCGAAUAUGAAGUCUAUCAAAAUGAACAACUUCCAGGCGCUUCUCCCCUCAGAUUCAUCAGUGCCGAAGUUGUUCUGGCCAUCGUCGACUGCCUGAUAAACAACAUUGGUGUGUCUGCUGCGGACAGCGAAGUGUCUGUCACGAAUAUCCUAAACGAUAUAAACGAGCUGAUAUCGUUUGCGGGAUCGCAUAGUCGAACGCCCGCAUAUUUCGACUAUGUGGCUGUCCGUCUACUCCAGACUGAAAGCAUGUAUAAUGUGGACAAAGCCGAUCGUCUGCGAGAGUUGGCACACACUAUCUCGCGGCUUCGGAGCCUAUGUCAUGUGGAGCAAAGCCAUCAGCAGAGUUCAGGACUUGACUUUGAUUCCAUUCUAGACCACUCCGAAGUGCAUGCUGGGAUCCUCCACCAGGCUCUGCAAGCUUGCGUCGAAGCGAAUCUUGUCACAAAAGCUGUCGACAUAUUCACCGAAAUCCAAAAGAUGGUUGACGGUAACAAGCUGGAAGCUAUUGGAGAGUUUUUGUCCCUUUCACUCGGUCCAGAAGAUGGCUUCUUUACUUCCAGGCAUGCCAAAGGUCAGAGCGAAUUUCUCAACACCUAUGGGCAGCUUCCUACCUAUAAAUUGCCUCCAUUCCUCGAUCUCGUGAGCAAUGCGAAGUUGUUUGGCGUGGGAGAUUGGCUUCUAUUUUCUGAGGACGUUGACGGAGCGCUGUUGCCUUCCUCUACCUGGGGAAAACCGUCUGUUACCGCUGCGUUAAUUCGCUAUGCGUCAGUCAAGAAUGACCCUCUGCUGGUCAAACAUAUCCUCAACCUGACCAAGCGAUCGGCCAGAAAAUUGACCGUAAACGUUCUCAGGGCUUUGGUGGUGCAUCACAUCAAUGCAUGCGACUGGACAAAUGCUGCUCUCAACCUCCGCGACCUACGGCGUGCUGAAGGUGGCGGUUACAGUCCUAAGAUCGUCGCGAGUCUCGCAGCGAAGAUUCUGAACCUAGAAGUCGAUCCGGCGACCACGCUACAAGCAGACGCUGAGUCCGAUCUUUCACAGGCUAUGCUGCUGCUCUGCAAUAUUCUCGACGGUAUUUAUGACUCGCCACCCGCGGGCUUCAGGAUUGAUCAAAAGAAGACCUUCAGACAACAAGUGGGAUACCUCCUGCGCCUCUUGGAAAACGUGACGGACAGCGAAAUUGGGGACGCUGCCACUCGGUUCAAACCGAGAUUCCCUGUCAGCAACGAGCCAAACCUUGCGACAGAUACGUUCAAUGUUCUAUUCGCUGCAAUCGUCGAAACUAAAGGUGUACUGGAGGGGCGCGACAUCUGGUACUUAUUCUGCAAAGAUCCGAGGAAUUAUGCUACCUCGUCACUUCUACUGGUCAACGGCCACGACCCUGCCUCUGAAAACUACGCCACAGUAAAGGACGAAGGUGAAUUUUUCGACGGGAAAGAAGAUGAUGUACCGAAUGAGCUAGGCGGCGUUGGCAAACAUGGCGAAGAUAAUUUUAGCUUGAGAAUGAGGGCAUUCGAUCUUCCGAUCUCCGAAGCCAUCCAGGAUGCAGGGGCUCGAACUCCCGUAGCUUUGCCCGUCUCGCUCAACCUAAAUGCUGCAUUCCCACACGAAGAGUUGGACUCAACCGACGACCAAUUUUACAAUACCUCCGACCAGGGGAACGAAGACACGGAAGUUCCUAUCGAGAUGGUGGACAUAGGCGUGGUUUCGACACAGCCGCAUCUGAAUCCAAUUGUCGUCCCCAAUAUGCGCACCUUGCAGAUCCUAGUCAGAGGAGCCUUAUCUGAAAUACAAGCCAGAAAAGAGGGCAGAAGAAGUCAUCGUGACCUUGAUGCAGUCCUCAAAUGGGCGGAAAAAUUCUAUGGAGUAUUCAACCUGGCGCGUGAGGAUAUCGAAACAGAAUUCCGCGCUUCCGAAUCCUUGCCGAAGAAUAUGAGAAUUGCUACGAGGCAUCCCCGAGCAGCAUUUAGGUCGUCGUCACGCGAGAAGUCCAAAGUUGGCGUUGGCAAGCACUUUACCAAGGGAGUCUUUGUUCCUAGACGUCCUGGCACUCGAGAAUCAGGGCGGGAGACAACCUCGGUCAAUGGAGCCGAUGAUGGGGCAGAAGUCGCCGCCGUGCAUGAAACGAAGGAGAGAGAGGUUGAAGGUGAAAAUACACAGGUUGGACUGGCGGCUAUACCGAGUUUCAAGCUCCGGAAGUUUGCAACCUCCGUUCGGCACGCGUAG